GGAGACAAGGAGGAAGGGAGGUAAAUAGAUGGAAAGACUAACUGUGAGAGAAUAACAAGAGACAGAUUUCAGGAAGGCGAGAGAGAGGGGAAGAGAGAGUAGGAGAGAGGGGGAGAGAUCUUAUGUGACUCUUCAGUGUGUUUUGGCGACGUGACAUCCUGUCUCCCUGCCACUUAAAGCCAUCAGAUUGAACUGUGGGCGAGAGAGACACCGGGAGGGAGAGGGAGAGAGGUAGGGACAGGGGGAGAGAGAGACAAAAAGAGAGUUAGUGAGAGUUAGCGAGGAGAAGAAGAAGAGAGGAGUGAGAUGGCCGGUGAGCGAGCGACAGACUGAAGUGUCUCGUGGGUCCAGGAUGGAGUGGAGGUUCAUGGCUGUCGUUGUCCUGCUCUCCGCCCAGGAGUCAGCCUCCCAGAGGACAGCUCUGUAUCCGUCCGCCUACAGGAUAAGGCGCGGAACAUAUUCGCUGGUGAACCCCACCUUCCAGAGCUCGAUGACGGAGGUGAACCUGCUCUUUGAGGCGCUGCUGGGCGGCCUGCAGAUCGCGGGCGGGCCCGGGCGCUCCCUCCUCAUCCCGGACGAGGAGCUGGCCUCGCUGAGGAGCCUCCAGAGGCUGGAGGCGGUCUGCGAGGGCGUCCUGCCCAAGAGGCUGUCGGAGGUCCGGCGUCUGACGGCGGCGCUGGCCCGGCGGCGCACCCCCCUCAGCGGGCAGGACUUUGAGCGGACGGUGCUGACCAUGGUGUACGCCAUCCAGGUGAUGGCUGACGUCAGCGCGCCGCACCAGAGGGAGGUCUGGGCCGACGCCCUGCUGCAGCUCUUCAGGGCCGUCCACCAGGACCUCACGUGAGGCAGGAGACCCCCUCCAACCUCUGGACUCCUGUAGGACUUAAGUGUGUUUUAAACACAACCGUGCGAACGGACAUUUAAACACCCCGCUUCUUUACAUACAAAUCAUUCAAUCAGUUGUAUCUUUAAAUCACUCUCCAACAUUUUGUACGCCAGUCGACUAUAACCUGACCUGAAGUACAGUAGAGUACGUUUCCUUUUUUAUUGUAAGUGUUCUAGAUACAUAUAUUAAUCAAUAUCUAAUUCUAUAUUUUUUCUAAAUAUUUUUCUGUUCAAUACAAACCAGAAUAUU